CAGCGGCUCGUGUUAGUGACGGGGGAUGGGAGUGGGGUUCUCUCUCGCGGGCUCGGUGUUUGAUUGAACUCUCGUCUUGAAGCGUUGUUUUUUUUCUUCGUAAAAUAAUAAAAAAAAAGAAGAAGACUAAAGAAGGCCAGGGGGACUCUGUAGCCGGUAAAGUUAGUCCGGAAAGCGAGAGAGAGAAAAAGAUGUACUCGAGCGGAGCAGCGAGCGGAGCAGCGAGCGCUCCUGUGUCACCUCCACCACCUCAAGAAUAUGUAUUCAAACCACCCCAGAGGCCAGACUUUGGCACCAUGGGUAGGACAAUCAAGCUGCAGGCCAACUUCUUUGAGAUGGAGAUUCCCAAACUGGAGGUGUACCAUUACGACAUUGACAUCAAACCUGAGAAGUGCCCUCGCAGGGUCAACCGUGAAAUUGUCGAGCACAUGGUCCAGCACUUUAAAACACAGAUCUUUGGUGACCGAAAGCCUGUUUAUGAUGGGAGGAAGAAUUUAUACACGGCAAUGCCCCUACCUAUAGGGAGAGACAAGGUGGAGCUCGAGGUGACGAUUCCUGGAGAAGGGAAAGACAGGAGCUUUAAAGUGGCCAUAAAGUGGGUUUCUUGCGUUAGUCUACAAGCCCUUCAUGAAGCACUGUCUGGACGGCUGCCAGGCAUCCCUUUCGAGACCAUUCAAGCUCUAGAUGUGGUCAUGAGACAUUUGCCCUCCAUGAGGUACACACCUGUUGGCCGCUCAUUCUUUACACCAUCCGAAGGCUGCUCCAACCCUCUUGGUGGAGGAAGGGAAGUCUGGUUUGGCUUCCACCAGUCUGUUCGCCCAUCUCUUUGGAAAAUGAUGCUUAACAUUGAUGUUUCGGCUACGGCAUUCUACAAGGCCCAACCAGUAAUUGAGUUUAUGUGUGAGGUUUUGGAUUUUAAAAGCAUCGAUGAACAACAGAAGCCCUUAACAGAUUCCCAAAGAGUCAAGUUCACGAAGGAAAUAAAGGGUCUAAAAGUAGAGAUCACACACUGCGGGCAGAUGAAGAGGAAAUACAGAGUUUGUAAUGUAACCAGGAGACCAGCCAGUCAUCAGACGUUUCCUCUACAGCAGGAGAAUGGGCAAACUAUUGAAUGCACUGUGGCACAGUACUUCAAAGAUAAAUACAAACUGAUACUUCGAUAUCCUCAUCUUCCAUGUUUACAAGUCGGACAGGAGCAAAAGCACACUUAUCUUCCUCUUGAGGUUUGUAACAUAGUGGCUGGACAGCGAUGCAUCAAGAAACUGACAGACAAUCAGACCUCCACUAUGAUUCGUGCCACAGCCCGGUCAGCUCCUGACCGCCAGGAUGAAAUCAGCAAAUUGAUGAGAAGUGCCAACUUUAAUAGUGAUCCAUACGUGCGCGAGUUUGGGGUUAUGGUAAGAGACGAGAUGACUGAAGUAAAUGGCAGAGUCCUCCAGGCACCAUCGAUUCUCUAUGGAGGACGGAACAAGGCAAUAGCGACCCCAAUCCAAGGUGUAUGGGAUAUGAGAAACAAGCAGUUCCAUACUGGGAUAGAGAUCAAGGUUUGGGCCAUCGCCUGCUUUGCUCCACAAAGGCAAUGCACCGAGCUCUUAUUAAAAGCAUUUACAGAACAACUGCGCAAGAUUUCCCGUGAUGCAGGCAUGCCGAUUCAAGGCCAGCCCUGCUUCUGUAAGUAUGCUCAGGGAGCUGACAGCGUGGAACCCAUGUUCAAACACCUUAAGUAUACAUACCAAGGCCUGCAGCUGGUCGUGGUCAUUCUUCCAGGGAAGACCCCUGUCUAUGCGGAGGUAAAGCGUGUCGGGGACACAGUUUUAGGAAUGGCCACUCAGUGUGUCCAGGUGAAAAAUGUCCAGAAAACCACACCACAGACACUGUCUAACCUCUGUCUGAAGAUCAAUGUUAAGCUGGGUGGAGUCAACAACAUUCUGCUUCCACAAGGAAGGCCAUUGGUUUUCCAGCAGCCUGUAAUUUUCCUGGGUGCAGAUGUGACUCAUCCUCCAGCAGGAGAUGGAAAGAAACCAUCCAUUGCUGCAGUGGUCGGCAGCAUGGAUGCCCACCCAAGCCGGUACUGCGCCACAGUGCGAGUUCAGCAGCACCGCCAAGACAUCAUUCAGGACUUAGCCACAAUGGUGAGAGAAUUGCUGAUCCAGUUCUACAAGUCAACCCGUUUCAAACCCACACGUAUCAUCUACUACAGAGAUGGCAUUUCAGAAGGUCAAUUUAAUCAGGUUCUCCAACAUGAGUUACUGGCAAUCCGGGAGGCCUGUAUAAAGCUAGAGAAGGACUACCAGCCUGGCAUCACUUUUGUAGUUGUCCAGAAGAGACACCAUACCAGGCUUUUCUGUAUGGACCGAAACGAGAGGGUUGGAAAGAGUGGGAACAUUCCUGCUGGCACCACAGUCGACACAAAAAUCACUCAUCCAUCAGAAUUUGACUUUUAUCUUUGCAGCCAUGCUGGUAUUCAGGGUACUAGCAGGCCUUCUCACUAUCAUGUGUUGUGGGACGACAACCACUUCACUUCAGACGAGCUACAGGUACUCACAUACCAGCUGUGCCACACCUACGUACGCUGCACCCGCUCGGUCUCCAUUCCUGCACCGGCCUAUUACGCUCACCUUGUGGCAUUCAGAGCACGUUACCACCUGGUAGACAAGGAACAUGACAGUGCUGAGGGCAGCCACACAUCAGGCCAAAGUAAUGGUCGGGACCAGCAGGCCCUGGCUAAAGCUGUGCAGAUCCACCAGGACACACUGCGCACAAUGUACUUCGCGUGAGCUCGGCCAGAGUUGAGUCUCAAAUCUUCAAACACCAUGUGUCUGUAUGUUUAACAUGCCCCAUUCAUUUUGGGGCUUCCAGGUGUGCACAUAGAUACCCAGCAUCAUUUCAAACUUUCAUAGUCUCUGUUAAUCUGUGUAUUUAUUUAAGAUGCAAGAUUUUUUUUCCCAAUCAUACUAUGCUUUUAUACUGACAGUUCUGAUUUUCUUUGGGGUUUAUAUAUUUUUUUAUUAUUAUUAUGCCAAGGUUGAUAGAAUAUAACUUGAGUUUCAAGAAAGACAUACUGGUGGAACUUUUCUAUCAGCACUGACUUAGAAGGCCACAACUUCAGCACACAUGUACUAACUGUUCCUUUUUUUUUGUUGUUGGUUGUUUGGUUUUUAUUUCCACAUGUACUAACAAAUUAAUAUCAGUGUUGUCUUUUUGUUAGUCCUCAAGUCACUCUACCAUAGUCAGUCCUGUUGGGUUCCUGAGUAACAACCGGUAGAUUGUGCUUAAAUUGCAAACCAAAUCUUGACAUAACAAUAAGGACACAAACAGUUCUGUGGAACGUAGAAGAUUAAUCAUCCAGAAAUCUGUAAUUCUCUCAACAUAAAAGGCGUGUUUUGACAAUCAGCUGCCUGAAGAGGAAUUAUAGAUAGAACAGGAAUGGUUCCUGAGACCAGCACCCUUUCCUGAACCAAACCUGUUCAUUUGUCCCUUUUCUACCAUGUUUUUUUUUCUUUCUCUCUCCACCUAACAUAAUCUAUUAGAAUAUCACUGUUCGACUGUAAGGAGUACUAAUAUCUUGUUUGUGACAUUAGUCUUUAUGUACUGCUGAUUUUGUUUUAAUGUAUUUUUUUUCCCUACCAAAAGUUCUGCCUGAAGCUUUGCUUUCUUAAAGGAUCACUCCAUUGUUUUCAAACUGAUGCCUGUCUACUGCAUGUGUAGAGCAAGAUUUCCUUUGCACUUACUGUGAGAACUGACCAGAAAGCCUGUUUCUGUGAAACUUGGUUCUAAUGAAAGCCUGAAGGAAACUAUUGAAUUACAUUUAACACAAUCAAAAGUAAUACUUUGAGAUCAAGAUUUUCUUGUUGUUUUAUUCCAUUUCGCAACACUAGGGGAGGAAAAGUAAAAAUGAUUGAAGAAUGAUGUACGGCUUUAAACACAGUUGAGAAAUACCCGGCUGAGUAAAUGACAUAAAUCUUGAACAUAUUAAGUCGUUUCAUUAGAAUUUUACCUUCCCCCAAUUUCCCUCAGGCCUCUCAUUAAAAAUACAUUUCGAAUAAAAAAAGUUAUUCUUAUCUUUGUACUUGCACAAAGAACGAAUUUUUAUAGCAGUUGCCUGUGCAUUAGAUGUAGUGGGCAGAAAUCAGGUUUAAUGAAACCUGGAGUGUUCCUUAAAGUGUCUUGUGAUUCUAUCGGCCUCAUUCACUUUUGUGGUGGUGCAUGAAUCAUGAUGUAAAGGACAGAUUAUCAAUUUCGAAUGACUAUUUUUUUAUAUAUCUAAUUGUCAAAGAUGGUGAGCUGCAUAUUGUUUGUUUGUUUGGAUCUCUAUACACACACUGAUGGCUCAUGGAACCAUGGCCUUAAUGGUAGUGGAGGUUAUGAGGGUUAUGAGAAAGUGUUUGUUGGUUAUAGAUAUCUAGUUAGCCACAUUACACUUGAAUGUGUUAUGCACCUUAUUUUUAUUUUUUUUUAUUUUUUUUGCCCAAAUGUCAGUGAUAACGCAAUAGCCUUUAUUAUACUUAUUUUUAUUUAAAAUUUUUCUGGACCGUUUCGAACUUGAGGGACUCCUAUUGUGCAGCUCUUUCGCAUCUCUGGUGCUGUGGAGCUCGUCAAGAGCUUUGUAGUGUCGUUGGACUUGUCCAAUAGGCGAGUGGUUUUAGUUUUUGCUAAAGGCUGUUGGAAAUUGUGGCGUAUGUUAGCAAACGAGCCAACAAUUCGUUAAAAUUGAACUGCUAUUGUAGGCAUUAUUUUAUGCGUGUAAAUGCAAAUAUUAUUGAAACAUUGAUUAGCUUCCCAAAAAAUUUGGUUUUGAACUUUUAAAUAACCUACAGUUGAACAUUUUUUUAACUUUUAUACCUAUGCAUUUAUAACCAAGAGAUUUUAGUGUGUUUUUAUUUUUUUGUUGUUCUUUUUUUGUGUAUAUAAUGACUUUAGAUAAUGUAGUAAUUUUAAGCUUUAAUAGUGUCCAUAGAGAAAAUCCCUGUUUCUGUUGUAGCAGUAUUAACCUAUAGAAUAUUAUAUUUUUUAUUAUAGCAGACAAUUAGAUACAACUUUCAGUUAGUCCUGUUAGCCAAGAAAGAUUACAAAUAUUUAAGUAUACUGUUCUACAGUAACUGAAGCACAAUCGAUUAUCGGUGCUAAACAUUUUCCUGAAACAAAUUUUUUAUCUAUCAUGAGAUCACGGUAAAAAAGAAAAAAAAAACAGAGGAAAAAAAAAACCCAACAACCAUGGAACUGAUUUUUGAAGCUUUUAAACCAGCGUUAUACUGUCAUUUUCUGACCGAACUGUGUUGCAGGGGCAUUUUAGUUCUCAGUCUCGAUUACUUGACUUAGUUAUUUUUCGUAUUUGACGCUUGUGUCUAAACUUUCAAAUGCACUUUGAAGGGCAUUGGACAUGUGCCAUUAGUAAUUGUGUGGAAAUGGCUAAAUGUCCUACCUCUUGUUGCCUGUUUUUAAUAUAAUGGUAACAUCACUGCGUUAGUCAUUUCUUCAUAAUUACACAAGUGGUUGUGUUGGAAUAAAUUCUUCGCUUCAAAGCAUUUGGGGCAUCUUCUAGUGUCACUUAGCUCAGAAAUGACCAAAAGUUCUAUCUGUUUGGAGGCUGUUUUUGGUGCCAUUCAAUUUUUGGGUUUGUUUGUAUAUUUUUUUUUUCUACAUGAACUGCCAUACAUUUUUUUACCAGUAAAAAAGUGCUAAGAUUUUUUCGCUUUGAUGCAACUCUGCAAGGCUAAAAUCACAUUCACAGAAUGGAUUUUAAAACAGCCCUAUCUAUUCUCAACCUUUGUGUAAGUGCACAGUGUGGAGACGGACUUGUUUGGCCAACCAAUGCGUUUUACAUGCAUAUUCAUUCUUUUCCCCACUGGCUGCUGAUUGGAAACAAAUUGUCAUUUCCAUCCAAAUUCUUACGUCUGUAAAUCUAAUAUUCAUCACUGCUAUUGAUACAAUAUGGCAAAUUAUCACAGCUUUUACUUUACCCAAGUUAUUUUUUUUCCCUUUUUAAUCAAGCACCUUAGAUUGUCAAACCUCUUAAGCAUAUGCAAUUCUUGUAUAAUAAAAAGAAAAUGUAUGAUCGGGGUGUUUUUGCACUAUAUGAAUCGAUGUGGACUGAUUUAUUUUUGGAAAGAUUAGAAUGUCGGUUGUCCUCGUUAAUUACCAUAAACGCUAGCGGAUACUGCGGGGAUUUUUUUGCCGACUGUAUUACAUAUUUGUGCGUGCACACAUGCAAAUCGGUGCAGAAUCAAAAGCUACACAUAGAUUAUUAUUACAUAAUUAUAAUUCCUAUUAAUCAUUUAAUUUAAAUAACUAUGCAAAAACUGAAUUUGGUUCAGAGUCAUUCAUUAUCUUGUAGGAUUUUUUUUUGGACAUGUUCAAAUUUUAACGGUGAUCCCUAGUGGUUUAUAUGCAAGUCUGAUUUUAAAUAGAAAAUUCUUCAUUCUUUCAAAGACUUUAGGACUGAAUAUUAUAUAAUGUCUUUGAUGUAAUGGUGUAAUUGGAAAUGGGUUGAUCGUUCCAAAUAUUUUACAUUCAAGAUUUCUUUCCUUUUUAAAAUAUUUUUAUAUAUACACAUACGUUUCAUGACUUCCAGUGUAACCUAAAACCAUGAGAAUGAAAUAUGGGGAAUGAACUCUUUUUUUUGUCUAUGCAUAGCACAAACACACAGCACAUAUCAGCAUUUUGCAAUGACGCGAAGAAGCCGAAUGAGAAUCAGCAUGGUGCUGUUUUUGAAAUAACACUGCAUAGGUACUCUCAUUCUUCAAAUUUAAGAGAAUGGUUACCAAAUUAAAGAAUCCCUUUUACAACUAGAGAAAAACAGUUGUUCGUACGUGAAUCGGUAACAACAAAUCGAUUUUGCAAAUUGUGUAGCCAGAUCCGAUAUUCCCCCCUGCCUGGAAAGAGUCGAACGAAUUUUCCUUUAAAGGAAUUAUGCAUUUUAGAAGAUGCUCUCAAAUCAGUAGGCAUUUCUUAAAAUUUUGCAUUUUAAAUUUCUGCUUUAAUGUGAAUAAUAUGACUCACAAUCCAUUAAGAAUAUUAAACUACCCCUUAUAUGACCAUAGUGUGUGGGGAAGAUAUGUGCAUUAAUUUCAUCAGUGUGCAGUUCAGGUGUGUGUAACUAAGUUAACAUUUGUUUGUGGGCAAUUAUUACUGACAUAUGGACAAAUCCAUCUGUUGCUUGUGUUUGAGGUGCUGCAUUGUAUGAAUUGUUUAUUUAGCUCAGUAUAAUGGUGUAUGUUGUUUGAUCGCUUAGUACAGUUUAUCUGGGUUUUUUUUUUUUUUUUGGGUGGGUUCUUUCUCCUAAAUACUGCCACUCUUACAAACUAUUGCCUGAUACCGCAGGCUCUCAUCUCAAGCUAAGGAGUGACUGGAGCCAUAAUUUUUAUCUUCCCUAAUUAAAAUUUAGAAUUUCAUUUGCUUUAAAUCAUGUGCACAAAAAAAAAACAAUUUUUGCCAAUGCCAUUUUACACCAAUAUGUUUUUUCCAGGUGCACGUUUUAAAAAUAUCAUUUCGAAAACAAUCGACAGUCUCGUUUAUUUUUUGAUAAGCAGUGACAUAUCACUGGUCACAAAUACCUUCAUACAAGGCUAAUCCUUAUACAUUAAAAAAAAUCCUAUCUAGCUUAAUAACCUGGAUUUUUUUUUUACCAACUUUGAAAACUACCUCAGAACGAUUUAGGGUGCUAACCUUUUCCUUUCUCUCUGUCUCUAUUACUUUAAAUUUGUAUGCACAAUACAGUCACGUCUACUUUAUUAGGAAAACCUGCAAAUUUACCAUCUAAUCAGCCGAUCGUAUGGCAUCGGAACAAUGCAAUAAAAAAAGUCAAGAGCUUCGAUUAAUGGUCGCACCAAGCUUUAAAAUGUGAAGAAAUAAAUUGUACCAAAUGCUGCUGAUCUCCAUGCACAACAGUCUCUAGAGUCUUUACACAGAAUGGUGCAAAAGAAUAAAAAAAAACACUGUGAAGGUGAAAUUGGCUUGUCAAGAAGAAAAUUCUGAAGAAACUUGCCAGAUUGAUGGUGUCUGGGAAGAUUUAGUUGCUUGUAUAUUCAUCCUACAGUUGUGGUGAACAGAAAAAUCAUCUGUUAGUUACUAUAGACUUCCUGUCAGCUCAGAACCUUUGCACACAGGAUGUUUUUAGUUUUUCCUCACCAAAUCUAAAGACUGUUAUGUGUGAUAUUAUCGGAGAUGAUGGCGAUUUUUCAACCGAUCGCACGAGCUGUGGAUAAAACCACAGUGAUCGUAUUUUUUUUGCUUUAUUUUGAUGUUUGAUUAGCUCUUGCUCUGUAGCUGCAUGAUUAUCUGGACCGACGCAACAUUAUGGGCUGAUUAGAUAUACACAUGAAUGUACAGGUGUUUCUAAUAAAGUAUGUGGUAAGUGCACACACACAUAUAUAUAUAUAUGAUAUAUACUUUUUACAAUGAACAAUAAUAGUGACCAAACAACUCAAACCAGUACUGCUUUUUCGAUUUCGCAUUUUUCAACAAAAACCUUUGCCAAGAUGAAGGACAUUUUUGUCAAACACACAAAAACAACAACGUGGAGGACCAAACUGCGAGCGGACUUUCUGUGAAGUGUUAACCGGCGUUCGGCAAAAACUGUAGUCGCGAUAGAUUAAUCGUUUAUUUCGUUUCAAAAUGUGCUCAUCAGUAAACUUUACUGCCUUCUGUGGAGUUUGGCGUAGACAAGACACAAGCGUGGGUUGCUAAUAGGGCCGGGCAAUAUGCGGUAAAUAUUGACGAUCCAAUGUUUUUAUCAUCAUGCGAUCACUGAUUUGAAAUCUUACUGUAAAAAGCAACUGAUUGGACAAUAAAACAUUUUGCACUAAUUGGAUAUUUCGGCUUUGUUAGCGGUCAUGUAUCACUAAAGUAGUUUCGAACGUUUAUUCUUUUUGCCAUAUCGCCCAUUCCUAAUCGCUGGUUUCUUGUUUGAGUGAUCACAGAGCAAUAAUCGCAUCAAUACUUUUAGGCUCCAUCAUGGUGUAUUUAUUUUAGGUGAUUGUGGUACCUCACCGAGUUCCAUCCGAAUGCAGAUUUCUGGGUUCUCUCUCCAUAAUCAUUAGUAGCAACCGUAUUUAGGAUCAUGUAUUACGUUCAGUUGCCCUGGUCAGCACGGCUCUGCUUUUUAUUACCGAAAGGCCGAUUUCCGACAUGUAAAAAUGCUAGCAUGUACAAUUGUAAAUAUAUAUAUAUUUUUUUCCAAUGUUAUUCGAAGUUUGGCAGCAUGAUUUCUUACAUAACAAGUUGACAUCGUCGCUCUGUCUGAACACUUGCAUCAGCCUCGGUUCUUCUAUUCAUCAUUGCAAUAAAUGAAAACGGGGGUCUUUUUUCGGUAAAAGCUUCACAGCGAGUGUAAGCAGGUUAAAAAUAAGCUAUUUAAAAUAGUAUCUUUUGUUAGUUUUUUUUUGUUUUUACCUUGCAACGUUUUACAAAGGGAAUUUACUGUUUAAUUAAUAAUGAAAUGUGUUUGCAAAAUACGCUCUACUGAUACACUGGCCUGUUUCCGUUGGUUCCAGAUCGAAAAGGUACAAAAGGGUAUGAACGUAAAACCGUAAAAAAUAUUCUUGUUGAGCUAAAAAAAAAAAAAAAAACAUCCACUUUGUGUUUUGUGUGUUUGGUUAGUGUGCGUGCCUUUUCAGAUCGGUCACCUCCUGUAUUUAUAUUUGGUGAUAAUUAUUUUUAAUUUGAUUAACUUCAUUGUCAAAUCAAAGAAUUUAUACGUAAAUGCUGCAGAGAACGAUCAGUAUUUGUAUAUUGCACUUUCAAAUCAGAUAUAAAAAAAAAAAGCCCUGUUUAAAAUUGGGCCGAGAAAUUCAAUGAAAAUUAAGACGAGGUAUAUUCUGCUAUAAUAGGAUUUCUUUUUUUCUUAGAAAAAAAAAGUGACUUUUUCUAAAAUGUGCAUAGACAUGAAGUACCUCAGAAGCCUGAUAUAUGCUGCAUCAACUUCAUUUAUUUUUUUCCUUUUGUGAACCUUGUGUUGUCUGUCGUACAUACAGUUUUCCCAAUAGAGAGGUUGCAUGUGCGAGCAAGGCAGUGCUCACACCUUUCUAAAAAUGCCUUUUGGUUCUUAUCUUUUUAAAAGCAUUAUUUGCAUUGGAUUUGUAUUACUUUUCUUUCGGGGGGGGUUCUCUAUUGAUUUUUUUCACCAUUCUUGUGGCUUGUUUAAACGAAUCCGGCAUUUAACUACAGAGGAGAUCGCAAAUGGCAACUAAUUCGAUGUAGUCCUGAAAGACUGCUGACUCAGGUAUUGCCGUUUAAGGGCUAUAUCUGCUACCGAAUCUCCGCCCUGUCGUGUCUUAAAGUAGCCCUGAAGCUUUAUUUAUAAUAAAAAAAAUUAUUCAUACAGUGAUUUUGGCUUUAAAAGGUGCACUAAUAAAAGAAGACCGUGCAAAUCUUCACUGCUUAAUAUGUUAUAGGGGCCGUUGUUUUUAUUUAUUUUAUUUUUUUGUUGCCAUUAAUCUACCUCCUGGGAAUGUCAGGGAGUCCUGGAAAUGCGACAUAGUCUGUAACCAUAAUCUUCCAUUAAUACUUUUCUGAAAACUUCAGGAUGCUCUUCCGGAUUUUUCUCCCAUAUUCGACUAAACCACAAUAUUGACCAAAGUUUUUAGGAAGGCAUUUUUAGUGGCACUGUCUCGCAAGCUCAACUCCCACCCCCCACCCCACCACCACACCAGACAUUUAUUUUUUAAUUCCUACUUAAGCACCUGCCAAAUUUACUGUCAUUCCUGUUGAGAGCUUUUAUAUCACAUUCUUGUAUUUGAAUUCACAGAAGUUCUGUGUCUUUUUCUUAUUUCAUUAUGUAAAGUGUGAGCUUUGAGUUCUGUUUUUUUUCCAUUUAUGCUUUUAUAAUGAUUGCAAGCUCAAUAUAUGCUGUAAACCCUGCUAGGAUAUAAUGUGAAUAUCAUUUAAUAUAGUUGAUUUUUUUUUUGUGGUGUUAUUUUUUUGGCUUGACUGUAUAUGGCAUUGAUUAAUAAACUUGCUUGCUGUUUUGA